AUGCAAGGCUUCAACAUGGGCCGCUACGUCCCCCCCGAAUACGAAGGUCUCAAGUCCGCAAACCAAGUCUCCGGCAAACAUGCCCUCGGGUCCCGCGCGCGCCACAUCUCCCAAGGCAUCCUGACCGUGCGCUUCGAGAUGCCGUUCCACAUCUGGUGCUGCACAUGCCCCAAACCCACGAUCAUCGCGCAGGGCGUCCGCUUUAAUGCCGAGAAGAAGAAGGUCGGGAACUACCACAGCACGCCCAUAUGGGCGUUUCGCAUGAAGCAUGCCGCGUGUGGGGGCGUUAUUGAGGUCAGAACGGAUCCGAGGAAUGCGGAGUAUGUUGUUACGGAGGGGGCGAAGAGGAGGGAUUAUGGGGUUGAGAAGGGGGACGAGGGCCAGGAGGGAGGUGUUGGGGUGAUAUUGACGGAGGAGGAGAGGGAGAGGAGGAGGAGGGAUGCAUUUGCGGCACUGGAGGGGAAGGUGGCGGAGAGAGAGCAGGCGAAGGUGGACAGGGAUCGCAUAGAGGAGCUGAAGAGUCUGAAAGACAAAGAUUGGGAGGAUCCUUAUGUGGCGAGCCGAAGGUUGCGCAAUACAUUUCGUGCGGAGAGGAAGGUCCGCGCGCGCAAGGCGGAAGCGACGGAGAUGCUUCGGGAUAAGAUGAGUUUAGGUAUUGAGCUUCUCGAGGAAACUGAAGCGGAUAGGAGAAGGGCCGGGCUUGUCGAAUUCGGUGAUAUGGGCAGCGGGGCCAGCGAUGUUGCAAAAGCCGCCGCAAAACCCCUCUUCGCCAGUGGGCUGCCCCUUGUUGACAAGAACAGCUUGAACGGAAAGAAGCAGACCAGGGUCGAGAGGGAAGCCGAUCGCAGACGACAAUUGCUGCAGCAAGAGCUCAACAGCAACACGAGGGCGGCCAUAGACCCAUUCUUGUCUCACAGCAAUCUUUCAAGUCCCGCAAACUUCGGAAGUCCUGUGAUCGCUGGGCUGAAGAGAAAGCGACUAUCUGGCAUUGGCCAUGGUUCCGAGGACUCGGUUACAGGGGAAGCGAAGGCUACAACACCGCCUGAUAAGACCCCGGCUGUUACAACCAAGCAGUCGUGCCUUGUCAAUUAUGACUCUGACUGA